UAAAAAAAAAGAGCAAAAGAUAACAGUCCAAAAAACCCACCGCGAUAUGCAGCCACAGGCAACACUCGCUCACAUAGGAGCUCGUCUGCUGUGAUUCUCAGGCGACCCGUGAAGGACUACUUUACCUUUUUUUGCAUUGUCUGAACUCUAUCUUUGGCUCUCAGCUUCCACUUUCUGUGUUGAGGAUGUCGGUAGCAGGCUUGAAGAAGCAGUUUCAUAAAGCCAGUCAGUUGUUGAGUGAGAAGAUAAGUGGUGCUGAAGGAACGAAGCUCGAUGAGGACUUUAUGGAGAUGGAGCGGAAAAUCGAUGUCACCAACAAGUCUGUUUUUGAGCUUCUAACCAAAACCACAGAGUACCUCCAGCCGAACCCUGCAUCGCGAGCCAAGCUGGGGAUGCUGAACACCAUGUCUAAGAUCAGAGGGCAGGUGAAGACGACAGGUUACCCGCAGACCGAGGGGCUUCUGGGGGACUGCAUGCUGAAAUACGGCCGCGAUCUCGGGGACGACUCCGCAUUUGGUUGUGCUCUGGUGGACGUUGGAGAAGCUAUGAAACAGAUGGCUGAUGUUAAGGACUCCCUUGAUAUCAGCGUGAAGCAGAACUUUAUUGACCCACUGCAGACCCUGCAAGACAAGGACCUGAAAGAGAUUGGGCAUCAUCUGAAGAAGCUGGAGGGACGCCGGUUAGAUUUCGACUACAAGAAGAAGCGCCAGGGGAAGAUUCCCGACGAGGAGAUCAAACAGGCUGUGGAAAAGUUUGAGGAGUCCAAAGAGCUCGCAGAGAGGAGCAUGUUCAACUUCUUAGAAAAUGAUGUGGAGCAGGUGAGCCAGUUAGCGGCUCUGAUCGAGGCCGCACUGGAGUACCACCGUCAGUCCUCAGAAAUCCUGGAGGAUCUAAACAGCAAACUGCAGAACAGGAUAGCCUCAGCCAGUAGCCGGCCUAAGAAAGAGUUCAAGCCAAAGUCCAUCAUGUCCAGCCUGGAGGCCCUCGAUGUCACUCAACAGAACGGCCUCUCCUACAGUUCCUCUCUGAAGUCCACAGAUAUUCAAGUCAGCCACAGUGUAAAUGGAAAAACUGAUCACAUCAGCUACCACCCCCCCAUGACACACACGUGGUCUGAAAGCCCCCGAGACAGUGAGACAGAGCUGCACAUGGACCAGCCGUGCUGCCGCUCGCUCUACGACUUUGAGCCGGAGAAUGAAGGCGAGCUCGGCUUCAAAGAGGGCGACAUCAUCAUCCUCACCAACCAGAUCGACGAGAACUGGUACGAGGGGAUGAUCAACGGAGAGUCGGGCUUCUUCCCCAUCAACUACGUGGAGGUCCUAGUGCCCCUCCCCCAAUGAGGUCAAUGACUCUACCCAGAAACAUUUCCCUGCUGCAUUCUUCUCCAUGGAAGUGCUGCGUUUUACCACAGACAGUUUAUUUUCCAGUAUUUAUUUUUUUUCUCUUCUGUCGGUUUCCACGGUUGGUGGUAUGCAGUAACCUGUGUUGGCUUCUGAUUUUAGCCCUUGGCUUUUGCUCUUUGGUUGUUCCUGAAAACGUGUUGCAUCCAAUAGGGUGGCUGCAUUCGUCUCUUAGGGGUUUUUCUGCUCUGAUGUGGUUUAUCAGUUUAUCUGCCUGCGGUGGUCUUAUGUGUUGCUGAAACACAUUUUUAUGGACUGUGAGUAUCUCUACUGCUACUCAUGUGAAUGUUUAUCUCCCCAAGUACUUAACCUCUCUCUCUCUUUCUCUCUCACUCACUCUGGCUUUCUCUCUCUUUCUCUUGAUCUGUAGCCCUGUUGGAGCUGGAUGAGUUUUAUUUGCAGAAGUAAGUGAUUACCAGCAACAUUAGCGAUGGGUAGAGCUUUAAUCGGACCUGGUAUUUUGAUCCCAACCCAAAGGUAGAGCUCAACAUAAAUCUGUCGUAUACUGACCUGAACUCAACCACCAUCCAAAGCUGAUGUAUAUUCCACUGUAAUUAAUACUGAAUGUCCAGUGCAGUUUUACAUUACUGUUAUUUACUUUUAAAUGAGCCGUAAUGAGUCAUACACUGUGUGUCCAAAAGUUUGUGGACACCCCUUCAUAUCAGUGCAUUUAGCAGCAAUGUACCUUCUGCUGAUACCGGAGUUCAAAUGCACACACAGCUUGUAUAAUCGCCACGGAAAAGCAUUGACAAUUGAAUGGGACGUUAAAAGUCCAAUGCCAAGUGUGGGCUAGAGCGGUAUAAAGCCCCGCAGCUUUGGGCUGUGGAGCAGUGAAACUGUGUUCUCUGGAGUGGUGGAGCUCCAUCCCAUCCCAUAGAACUGACCAUCCAACUUCAGUGCCUGACCUCACUAAUGCACAAGCAAAUCCUCACAACAAUGUUCCAACGUCUAGUGUAAAGUCUUGCCAGAAGAGUAGAGGCUGAUACUGCAGUAAGUAAUGGAGGACACUUUCCUUUAAACUACUCUUGAUUUUGGAAGAAACACUGGAUAAGCAGGUGUCCACAAACUUUUGGCCCUAUAGUGUGUGUAUAUAUGCUCCCAAAAACAUCUCAGAAGUUCUGGAUAAACAUUACAGUGUGCAAAAGUUUAGAAUACAUGCUUGAACGUUUGUUGCAAAUAAAUAUUCAAAACAUUCUGAUAAGUUCACUUUGUGCAACUUCAUAUUUCAAAUCAUUAGUAGGAAGCUAAAGGGGAACGUUUGCGUUUUCCAGAAAGAGCAUUAAAAAGUGAAAUUACAGUGAACAAAUUAUCCAGAAUGUCCUGUGUUUCCAGUGGUGGUUAAAUCUCAAGGCCAAUAGCUUGACAUAAAUUAUUAUAUUAUAUUAUUUAUUAUUGAAUAAUUUCAUGUUGUUCCCAGUUCUGAAUGCUGCAUUCCAUUCAGUAUUUCAAGUUGGACACAAAAGGAAAUUAUUCCUUUACUAAUUUAUAAUGUUUACAUAACAUAUUUGGGUCCAAACCCAAACAAACCCUACUUCAGGCUGUAUUUCACACUAACAAAACAAAAAUUGCUAAUAGACGUGUACAAGAAAAGCUUUAAAGGGGAAUUUCAUCUUAUUUUUUUUUUUUUUAGAGUUUCUUUAGAAUUAUUCAAUAUCUCAGAUGCAAACUGUCAUUUAAAGUGGUUUGAAAUGGUUCUGAUUGUGAUAGGAACCAGGAGUCGCCAUGACUCCAACACAAAUAUAGACAUUUUAUUUUACUACUACGUUUGGGGACUAUUUUGCCUCACCACACCCUGCAUGUGUCCUUCCACCAUAAAUGAAUUUUAAGCAAUAUGUUUUCAACAUAAACCUUUAUUAAAGGCAUCAAGCGAUAGAUUUGUAAACAUUUCAUGUGAUAACUUUCUGUGAGUUUUAGAGGUCAGACGCCUGGUUCCUAUCACCACCACUGUGAGCACUUCUGAGACUAGAACGGAGGAUUCAGGCCUCUUUGAAUGACUUUGUUUACAUCUUCACCACUUAAUUAUGCAGAGCUUUUGAAAAAUCGGUGGAAUUCCCCUUUAAAGACACUGGAUAACUGACGUAAUCCAGCUCCAACAGUGCUACUCUCUCUCUCUCUCUCUCUCUCUCUCUCUCUCUCUCUCUCUAAACGUCUCUGUUUACAUGUGACUUAUUGUGAUUAUAGGGAAUCAUAGUAGCAGUCACAGUGUUGUAUUGGAUCGGGCGGAGACCGAAUACUCUCACUCCCUCAAGUGCUUUUUUUUUUAGUAUUAUUGUUAGCAUUGUUUUUAUUUCGAGACAGUAGUUGUAUUGCACUAAAGCUUUAGAAUCCACACCCAUUCACACAGCACAUGGACUUCUUCUGUUUUUGUCUAUGGAACAUUGCACUUUCUACUGUAACUCUCAGCCAUGUAUUUAGUACAAAUUUAUCAUGAGUCGUAUCUGUAAGGCUGUGUUCAGACUGCAGGCGAAUCAGAUUUGUUUCUCAAAUCCGAUCAUUUAAGGUGACUCUCCGCACUGUUAUUUGCAAGUGAUGUCCAGACGUCACCUGCCGAUCUGCAUGGGUUGCCAUGGUAACGAUGUAGGCGUCAGUUACUACGUAGCUACGUUGGUGACGUGGUUUCAAACGCGGAUGCAGGAGAGAUGGAGCUGCAUCAUCUCGCCCUCUAAACUCUUCAGAAUUCUCUGGAAUAAGCAUUAAUCUUUGGUGCUUUUCCUGAAUUCCAGCUCUUCCACUCUUGAUUUGACGUCAAUAGACGCUUUGAAAUCUGAUUUGAGCGUCGCGUUUCAAACCACUUCCAAAUGUGGUUUGGGUCCGAUUUGCAAAAAUCGGAUUACAUGUGGUUUUUAGCUGUCCAGACUAUCGAACAUCAGUCCAGAUAUAAUCUGGAUAUGCCAAAAAUCGGAUUUCAUGUGGUUUUUAGCUGUCCAGACUAUCGAACAUCAGUCCAGAUAUAAUCUGGACAUGCCAAAAAUCGGAUUUCAUGUGGUUUUUAGCUGUCCAGGCUAUCGAACAUCAGUCCAGAUAUAAUCUGGAUAUCCCAAAAAUCGGAUUUCAUGUGGUUUUUAGCUGUCCAGACUAUCGAACAUCAGUCCAGGUAUAAUCUGGACAUGCCAAAAAUCGGAUUUCAUGUGGUUUUUAGCUGUCCAGACUAUCGAACAUCAGUCCAGAUAUAAUCUGGACAUGCCAAAAAUCGGAUUUCAUGUGGUUUUUAGCUGUCCAGACUAUCGAACAUCAGUCCAGAUAUAAUCUGGAUAUCCCAAAAAUCGGAUUUCAUGUGGUUUUUAGCUGUCCAGGCUAUCGAACAUCAGUCCAGAUAUAAUCUGGAUAUGCCAAAAAUCGGAUUUCAUGUGGUUUUUAGCUGUCCAGACUAUCGAACAUCAGUCCAGAUAUAAUCUGGAUAUCCCAAAAAUCGGAUUUCAUGUGGUUUUUAGCUGUCCAGGCUGUCGAACAUCAGUCCAGAUAUAAUCUGGAUAUGCCAAAAAUCGGAUUUCAUGUGGUUUUUAGCUGUCCAGACUAUCGAACAUCAGUCCAGAUAUAAUCUGGAUAUGCCAAAAAUCGGAUUUCAUGUGGUUUUUAGCUGUCCAGACUAUCGAACAUCAGUCCAGAUAUAAUCUGGAUAUCCCAAAAAUCGGAUUUCAUGUGGUUUUUAGCUGUCCAGGCUGUCGAACAUCAGUCCAGAUAUAAUCUGGAUAUGCCAAAAAUCGGAUUUCAUGUGGUUUUUAGCUGUCCAGACUAUCGAACAUCAGUCCAGAUAUAAUCUGGAUAUCCCAAAAAUCGGAUUUCAUGUGGUUUUUAGCUGUCCAGGCUAUCGAACAUCAGUCCAGAUAUAAUCUGGAUAUGCCAAAAAUCGGAUUUCAUGUGGUUUUUAGCUGUCCAGACUAUCGAACAUCAGUCCAGAUAUAAUCUGAUACAGUCUGAACGCAGCCUUAGAAUCAACUUUAUGUGUACAGAGAGAGACUUAUAUCACUACGACUCAUAUUUUGGACUGUAUGUGAUGAUAAACUGCUUGCUUGUAAUUAAGGUUUGCCCAGUAUCGUACUCUGAAUGAAGUUACAAAAUCUGAAUGAAACAUUCUUCGUGGUAUGUUCUCGGUAGACGAGUCCUGUGCGUAUCAAACUUAUUUCAUAAACUGACUGUGUUGUCUAAUUGGAGUGUCCUAAUAUUACCAAAACAAAGAUAUGCCAUAUACCACUACGCCAUAAUCCAUACCCUGUCUAGUUUAGUUAGCUGCUUGCUUCCUCUGUGUUUUGUUUCGUCUGCUAUGCAGAAAGGAUGCAGUUUCGCAUGAUCUUCUUAAAGUCAUUCCCUUUUAUUAACUUUGCUGUUCUUCUGUCGUUGUUGCUCCUGCUGGUCGAAUGAGUGAUCGUUAGAAGUGAUAAAGGAGAGAAGAGCCUUAUUUACAGUAUUAAUCAGUUCAGACCUCAAAUAGGUCUGAUCCAGGAUUUGUGCUCAGAACACGUCGCUUUCCAGGAAACCCUCUGUUAACUAGUGUAAUGUUUAAAGACUCGAGCAUUUUUCAGCUUAACCUCUAUCUGCUACAUCUGUAGUGAACGGCUGAUUACCAUGAACCGUUAUUCUAACGUGUGUCGUGUUUAGGAAACAACAGCAAACCCUUCAACUCAACAUGUAUAGUAGAAGUCAGGGGGCAUUUGCUGAAUUGUGUUAAUUAAGCAGUAAAUCUGUAUUAGUGGCUUAGAAAUGGGACUCGUUUUCCAGAGGGAAUAAUUUGUGGCCAUUCCUGAUUAUUAAAUAAACCAGAAAAAGAAAGGACAGUCUAAAAUCAGAUGGUUCUUCAAAGGUUCUUCGGUGAAGACAGUGGUUCUAUAUAGAAGCAUGAACAAACUCUUCUGAAACAACCACACUGUAAAAAAUGAGAGGUCAGCUCAACUCAGAAUGAUAUAGUAACUGGUUACAUGGCUUUUCUGGAGUGGACACAACUUGAGGACACACAACUCAAAUUUCUUAGUUGAGUCAAAAGUGCCGUUAAUGCUUUUAGUUCUGCAUCUCAGUUAUGUAAAUAAAAUGCACUUGUUUUUUUGAUACUCAGCUUCCUCACCAGCCAAGACUCUCCAUCACGCCAUCCUGCGAGACAUUGAGUACACACUUAUGGAUGGCUGUGGCAUCGCUGGGGCUCAAACUCACAGCCUCAGACGGCUCAGCCCACUGCCCCACUCAGGAACCCAUGAAGGAACUGAGAUUUUGUGUCUACAAAUGUUUAAUAGACUGGAGAAAAUAUUUAUUGUUCUGACUUUGAAGCGUGGCGUCGUCUCAUGUGGUGCAGCUGUGUAAUAAUCCAUCCCAACAUCAGGAGGAUGUGAGUUUGAAUCCCAGCAAUACCACAGCGGUCUAUUAUCCGGAAACCCAAGAGGAGAAUAUGCCAGAUGGGACUGUGUGAUAGAAGGAGCGCCAGCUAGUGGGGAAACUGAGUAAAACAACACACAUUCAGUUUAGUUUAUUUAACCGAGAUGCAGAUCUAGAAACAGCAGCGUGGAGAAUUUUUCAGCUAAGACCUUUGAGUUGUGUGAACUCUGGUGUCCUCAAGUCGACUCAUGUAAUCAGUUACUAAAUCAUUUUAAGUUGAACUGACCUCAUUUUUUACUGAGCAUUUGCAGGCUUGAGUGCUUCUUGAUGGAGAAUAUGGUUCUGUAUAGCACCAAAAAGGGUUCUGCUACUGUUUCGAUGUCCAGCUUGUAACAAACCUUUUUGGUUUCAGAUAGGUUCUAUAUAGAACCAUAUACAACACAUUGUUCAUUUAUUUGAAGAACCACGAGUGUUCCAGGUUCUUCCUGCAGCCAUUGUCUUUACUAAAAACUGUUGAAGAUCCAUCAUUUUUCAGAGAACUAGGAACCACUUUUUUACCGCACUGUUGAAACAAAACCAAUUUUGGACAAAAUAUCUGGUCUUUACAUUGUGUGUACAUCUCAUGAUGAAUGAACCAACAGAAAUGUCCCAAAAAGUCUGGCUGACUGGCAAAAAUAGUUUGGUUUCCCUUCUCCUGUGAAGUUUACCAAUUUAGAGAUAUGAGCUUUCGUUCCAACAGCAGCAUCCAUGGCAACGGACAGUUGGUCAUCCAAGACGAUGAAUUCUUUUAUUUUUUUAGUAAUUUUUUACACUUUUUUGAGAUUUCACACCUGUUGAGUUCUUGAGGGAACACAGAUUUAAAAUUUCAUAUCAAAUGUUCCUCACAGAGACCAUGAAGUACUUACAGGUAGCUGAUGUUCACUGUUGAUCUGCUGCUCAAACUGCUUGAGCACAUCUGUACUGCCCAGUGCAGGAGACCAACAGGUUUGUCAUACAAAAAUUUUUUUUGUUUAUUGUAGUCCUAUUUACCUUUUGUUUUUUUUUUACCUUUUGUCCCAGUUUUCCGCCUUUUUUCUCCUUUGGAUAAAAAACAAGUGCAAAAACCAAAAAAAAAAAGUCUUCUGCUAAAAUGUUUCAGUGGCUGAAAGUUUGGUGCGUCCCGCUUUCGUACUGUAAUGAGAUUGAACGUAGAAACAGCGCCGUUAUGAUGGUACAGUAGUCUACUGUGGUAUCACAGGCCCACCCAAAUGGGGACAGAAUACCUCAGAACACUUGUGGUUCCGCCCUAAACCUGACUGCCCAUUGGUGUAUCCCUCAUAUUCAGCAUUUUGCUUAUUUACUAUGACAUGUCGGUCACAUUUCUGCAAUCCUAGUUACGUCCCUGUAUACAUUAACAUGCAAAAUUCAGCUACUGCCCACUGGCGUCUAUUAUGAGUUUUAUUAAGUGUAUGUCCAGGGAAACAUGCUGAAAUGAUUGUGUCUGCUAAAUGACCACACAAUACAGAUGCAGCAGGUAGAGAUUGGGUUAAAAAAAGCUUUUAUACACACUUGAAAAAGACGGUUCUUCAAGGGUUCUUUAGUAAAGAAAAGGGUCCUCUAUAGGACUGUGAACACUUGAAGAAGCCUUUGCGUGAUUAAAGGGUCUUUGCAUUGUGAAAGAUUCUUCAGACUGAUGGAGAACGUGCUGUAGAUGGUUCUGUGUAGAAGGGUUCUGUAUAGCACCAAAAAGGCUUAUUCUAUUGC